AUGAGCUACUAUGGCAGCUACUACGGAGGCUGCGGCUACGGCUGGGGUGGCUUCGGCGGCCUGGGCUGUGGCUAUGGCUACAGAGGCUAUGGCUGUGGCUGCUGGCGCCCGUCCUGCUGGGGGGGAUACGGAUACUCUGGCUUCUACUGAAAU